UAUAGAGUUGUGAUGUGAAAUUGUCAAUUUUAAAUUUAUUCCUUACAAAAAUACCAUACUGAUUCAGAAUUCCAAAAAGUACUUGAACUUCUACUAUUAUUGAAUGGACAAUUCAGCAGAAGAUGUUUACAGUGACACUAUAUCAAAUCACUCAAUACCAAGGAAGAAUGAUUACAUAAAUUUAUCACGCUAUACUAUUUAUCACAGUGCUCAAGAUUUACAAGAGAAAAUGAUGGAAGAGGAUGCAUACACUGUCAAAAGCAGCCAUCCUUUAAGGAAGGACAGUAGGUCAAGCGACCCAAAAUCACCCAAGUCAUGUCCCAAGAUGUUUCUGGACGGUGCGAGGAGGGUGGACUUUGUGUUGGCGUGGAUGUCCCCCUCGACUCGGACACCGCUGCAGGUCAGACAGGCGGAGGAGGCGCAACGGAAAAGAGACAUCUUCGAACGUCACCUGGAGAUUGAAGGCCUGGAACUAGAGAGGGAUCAUUGCGACAAACAUCAUUUCGUCAAGAUCCACGCACCACAAGAGGUGCUUUGUAGAUAUUGUGAAAUUAUGAAGCUAAGAAUGCCUAUGAAAGAGCUGGAAGAUAACGAAGAGUCGUUGGGGUCGCAGCCCAACCUGUACACUGAGGUCCGUUCCUUCAUCUCCAAGCUGACCAGUUGCUUCAGGAUGGAUUCUUCUGUGUUUCCCCAGGACAAGUUCGUACCCUCCGCUGAGUACAGCCGCGACAAGAGCUACUUAUUUGACGAGGAGGCAGAAGACUUCUUCUCGGCUGCCGUCAGAACACUCGUAGUGGAUUUUAUUCUGGAACGCCAAAGUUUUAGUGAAGAUGAAAGUGACGCACAGUCGGUCGGCAUCAAGAAACUUCUGGCAGACGGAGUAUACAGGGCCGCUUACCCCCUCCAUGAUGGUGACUACCAGAUAGACGGGUCUCUGAGGUAUCUACUGUACACAGAGUGGGCUCAAGUCAGUAAGUGGAUCAUGUAUCAGCCAAUAGAUCAAAUUAAGGAGUACUUCGGUGUCAAGUUCGCUCUGUACUUCGCCUGGCUCGGGUUCUACACACACAUGCUCAUACCAGCGUCUAUCGUAGGACUGCUGUGCUUCGCUUAUGGCGUCUUCACUAUCUUCACUGAUACGCUCAGUACAGAUAUCUGUGACAAGUCUGAAGCCAUCAUCAUGUGUCCGAGAUGUGACCGGACUUGUGACUACUGGAAGCUCUCUGACACUUGUACGUUUGCCCGCGUCUCCUACCUCUUCGACAACCCCGUCACCGUCGUCUUUGCUGUCUUCAUGUCGUUCUGGGCCACGUUGUUCCUGGAGCUGUGGAAGAGGUAUUCAGCGUCCAUGGCUCACCGCUGGGGCAUGACAGGGUACACGGCUCAGUCGGAACAUCCUAGACCGCAGUAUCUGGCUCGGCUCUCCCGCAUGACAUACAAGAAGGUCAGAGUCAACGUUGUGACAGGAGCCAAGGAGCCUUACGCUCCGUUCCUGAGGUGUCGUCUACCGGCCAUAUGUCUCAGCUUCUCAGUUGUGGUUUUGUUGAUAUGCCUUGCGGUCGCUGCCGUGUUUGGCGUCGUGUUGUAUCGAAUGUCCAUGUUAACGACACUUAGUCUUCUUGAUGACAACUCCCUCGCUACAAAGUACUCCGUGAUCAUCAUACCAGCUACGGCAGCCACCAUCAACUUGGUGUGCAUCAUGAUCUUCAACUAUAUCUACGACAUGCUCGCAGUCUACCUGACAGAGAUGGAACUACUCCGCACUCAGUCAGAGUUCGAUGACUCUCUCACCGUUAAGAUCUACCUGUUCCAGUUCGUCAACUACUACACAUCCAUCAUGUACAUUGCUUUUCUCAAGGGGAAGUUUGUUGGCUACCCUGCCAAAUACAAUAGGAUAUUCGGAUACCGACAGGAAGAGUGUAACCCUGGUGGCUGUCUCAUGGAACUGUGUAUACAACUGGCCAUCAUCAUGGUGGGACAGCAGGCGUUCAACAGUGUGCUGGAGAUGGUGCUUCCGUACCUCUACAAGUGGUACAACACGUUCAUGUUGGCCACUGGGCUAGAGUCAGGUGACUCUGAGGACGACGUGGUGGACGCUAGCGCCAAGGGGAGACAAUGGACGGAGGACUACAAACUGCUGGACUGGGGCGACCGAGGAUUGUUCUACGAGUACUUGGAAAUGGUGAUGCAGUAUGGGUUUGUGACAAUCUUUGUGUCUGCGUUCCCUCUGGCGCCUGUGUUUGCUCUCAUAAACAACGUGCUGGAGAUGCGACUGGACGCUCGCAAAUUCCUAAUGUUCUACCGACGGCCGGUGCCACUGCGGGCCUCCAAUAUUGGAAUAUGGUUCCGCAUACUGGACGUUCUGUCUAAACUAGCUGUCAUAUCUAAUGCAUUCAUCAUAGCAUUUUCGUCCAACUUCAUCCCACGUCUGGUCUACAUGAUCAGCGUAAACCCUGACCACAAUGACCAAGGGUUUCUCAACUUCUCCCUGGCGUACUUCAACACUUCCGACUUUCAACACAACGCCUCGCCUCUUAAUCCAUCGUUCAACGUUUCGAUUUGUAGGUACCCAGAACUACGAGAACCGCCGUGGGCUGCACGUAAAUACAAGCGGCCGGACAUCUACUGGCGGAUACUGGCUGCUAGGCUUGGCUUUGUCGUAGUUUUUCAGAAUCUUGUAUCAUUGGUGAUGAUUGCGGUGCAGUGGUGUAUCCCGGACAUGUCGCCCAAGCUACGAGAUCAGAUCAAGCGAGAAGCGUUCCUCACCAGCGAGAUGAUCAUCAAACAAGAGACAUUUAGGGCUCGAGCAUUACGUGGGGAGAGCCCUGUAACAGUCUCUAAUGAUCUAAACCACUCGUCUUUACGACGAAGAAGAGACGCGAAGAACGGCACAGGGGAGCCUAGCAGCUCUAUAGAGAUGGACAACAUAAACGCUGUAGUUUAACUCGUCAAAGUUCCUCCGUAACUCGUAACUGUGCCUUAACUCACUUGAGUGCAUUAUCCUAUGUUCUGUGUAGCCGUGACACGCUUCAUGGACGAAGCUACGUUAGUGGCUGCAGGAAAACCUUGAAUAACAAUCACCGCAAGGAUUGUAACUAUAUUAAAUCAUUAGAGAGUUAUUGUACAAUAUAGUAUGGUACUAAAUCUUCAAAAUCUGUCAACAAUUGGAGCUCAAUCAUGGUCGAUUGUUAAAUUCAAGGUCUUACUGUAUCAUUUGAUAAUGCUUUCAGUGUUCAUUUAGGUGCUAAAAUAUGAAAAAUAUGUUCCAUUUUUUGCUAUUGAUAAGCUCUAAUUUACAAAUAUUUUCGAGCUUAUUCACUUACCUUAGAUUUUAAGUUAUUUUUUACUGGUCUGCCUUGUGAAUUUUAUAAUGUUGGUUAUCUCCUUCCCAGUUGGGCGGUGAAGUGGCAUAGAACAGGCAACAAUUUGCAAAAUAAAAUUAGUCUAUUUAACCCUUUGAGUGCCAACGUCCGGGGAACCGGACGUUUUUGAAACGAGCCAAAAGUGCCGACGUCCGGCCGACCGGAUGUUUUUAGAACGAGCCAAAAGUGCCAACGUCCAGCUGACCGGACGUUUCGUAAUGAUCGAACAGUUGUCAUAACAACCGAAUGGAUACUCGGAUUCUUUUAACCCAUAUAUUAACAUUGAGUUGAAAGUUACUAGAUGCG